GUCCAGUUUUCACUGGCUUCCUUAAAACAACCUGCAGUUUUGCCCUUGUACCACUGGUCAUCCCAAGGGCCAGAAUCUCUCCAUGCCCCCAGGAAUGGAGAUGAGGUACCCAAGGAGGGAUGCUCAGUGAGGCAGGGAGCAAGGAGGAAAGGCUGAGGCAGACAGCAGCUCCAGAGCAGGCAGCUGACCUCCACUGGGGCCUCCCCUGCAGAGCAGGUACCAGUGCCUGGCUUGCCCCCACAGGACUCCUCUUGUCCCACUGCAGGGUGAGGCUCUUCCUCCCGCCCCAGCAUCCCCCAGGACUUUGCCAUGCUAAAGCCUGCAGUCAUCACUGACAAUGGCAGCAGCUUCAUCCAGGCGGGCUUUGCAGGCCAGCAGAAGCCCAAGUUUGUGCUAAGGACCACGUUCCUACACCCCUGCAGCGCUUGCACCACGCGGGAGGCCCAGCAGCACCACAGCACUGCUGAAAGCAUGGCAGGCUUACUAUGGCACCCACUCAAGGAGGGCAUCAUUGAGGACUGGGACAGCAUGAAAAACCUAUGGAGCCACCUCUUCUCCUGCGGCCUGAGAGCUCCCCCAGAGCAGCAGGCAGUGCUCAUGGCUGACUCCCCAUCAUGCCCCACCACCAACAGGGAGAAGGGGGCAGAGGUGCUUCUCGAGCACUUUGGGGUGCACACCGGGUUCCUCUCCCUCUGUGCCUACGGCAGGGUCACGGGCCUGGCUGUGGAGGCUGGGGCUGGAGUGUCCCACAUCACCUCCGUGUGCCUGGGGCGGACACAGCGGGAGGCCACGUACCGCCUGGGGGUGGCUGGUGGCUUCCUCUGCAGCUACCUGCACAGCCUGCUGACGGACAGUGCCAACGAGCCCUUGAAGGGGAACACGGCGAGCCAGAUGAAGAAGCAAUGCUGCUACGUCUCCACGGACUACGAAGGAGACCUCCGGAACCAAGGUUUCCAUCACCCAGCCAGAUUUCAGGCUCCCGAUGGGCGCUGUAUAACCCUGCACAAGGAACGGUUCCACUGCCCGGAGCCGCUCUUCCAACCGGAGCUGCUCCACCAGCUCCACUACUUGGCCCGGCAGAGCCUCCAGGAGGUACCUGACCACACCAAGGGGGACAUGGUGGGUAACACUGUGCUAUCAGGGGGCUCCUCCAUGUUUCCAGGCUUUCCUGAGAGGACGUGCUUAGAGCUGAAUGCCCUGUUCCAAGACACAGGCUGCCAGAUUCAGGUGCUGGCCAGCCCAGAGAGGGGCACAGCAGCCUGGGCAGGGGCCUCCAUAGCAGCAUCGCUCACAUCCUUCCAGCAGGCAUGGAUGGCAAAGGGUGAGUACGAGGAGCACGGUGCUGGGUACGUGCACAGGAUAUUCCAGUAG